AUGGUGGAUGGCGAAGGCACUUCCUCGGCUCAUGUCCCACUUGCAGAGCAAGGGAAACGUCAGGUAAUCCCCAUGAGAGGAAUCUCACGUGGAGGUGAUCAAGUGCUCAGAGACCAGCGGUUGCGGGACGGUGGCCUCUGGAGAGAGAGACGGAGGGGAGGUGGUGAAACAGAGCGUCUCAGCCCUAAUCACCUCUCAGCUAAGAAGGCACGUACCACUGGUGUUCAAUCCGGGAAAAAUGUCAGGAAGGAGCUCAAAUUUGAUGAAGAGACCAUGGUGAAGGAAACUGAGGUUACUGUGGUUCUGGAUACUAAGUUGGAGAUAAAUGCAGGGUCUGAGAUGACUGAAGUGCAGGCAAUGGAGAUGGAGACCGACGGAUUAGGUGGUGAUGGCAUAUCCCACACAAUGCAGGAGACUGAGGAGGAACACACUCUACUCCUGGCGGAAAACAUGGAAACGCUGGCGGAGGCAGAGGAUGACAUCCUCGGAGAGGAACUGGAAUCAGAGGAGGAGUUUGAUGCUUUUCAGGGUCAAGAGGGAGUAGGCUCCGACAUAAACGAGGUACACGCCGAAAUGUAUACUGAUGCUGCGGAUAGCACAGAGGUACAUGAUGAGGCAACGGAGGUAGCUGAUGGCGAGGCAACGGAGGUAGCUGAUGGCGAGGCAACCAAUAUCAAGAACGAGAGUCAAGCUUUGCCAGGAAAGAAACAAGUGGUGAGGAAGAAGACAAGCAAGACCAAUGCUGGGGUUGGAGUAGGAACCAUGCGGAGAAUGACUCAAGCAGCCAAGACACCACGGAAAAAGGCUAGCUCAAAAGUAGUCAGCCGCCCUGGAAAGAAGACGGAGGCAAAAGGGGAUGACAAAGACCCACCAGAGGGGGCAGGACCAAGUGGUUUCAUGGUUUAA